AUGAGGACGGCAUUCUACACGCUGCUCGGAGCUGUUUGUGGAGGGUUGCUGGUCCAUUCGUAUCACAGGAUGAUGAGCAGAAAAAAGAAGCAGCGGUUGAUGUUUCGAACGAAUGUGAAGAAAGACAAGCUGGAGCUCUACAAGAGGCAUCACAAAGGUGUCUGGCCGGAGGUUGAGAGAGGACUGCGGAAAGCUGGAGUGAAGCUCUUGUCGAUUCAUUGCCCAUCCGACGGAGGCAAUGCUCUUCAGAUGUACAUCGAGCUUGAACAAGGCGUUGACAUGGCACGAGAUCUUGGACCUGGAUCAAGUACUGAACGCAGAGGUCGCAGUUACCGAUCGGUGGAGCGAGUGAAGGUGUGGGAGGAGCUUAUGUGUACUUUCUUCGAGGGCGGGACUUGGACGAUGCUCGAUGAGCUGUACACGUUGACGGGGGAGACGUCUACCAACAGCCUUCCCGCCAUGUACACGUGA